GGCUGUUCAUAUAAACAUCGCCAGUGAAUACUUACAGUACUACGAGCGGCAACGCACGGACCUUGAAGAGCUCUCACUGUACGCACCUUGCAUUCGGACUCUCUAUUUCGAAAGUAGUCGCGCUUUCUGUACGGUAAGCCGAGCAUGGAGAAAGCCCAACUAGACAAGACUGAUCUCAUGGAUUCUGAAGACGAUACAAAACUCCAAGCAGUACAGCAAGUUAGCGAUCGAGACGGCGAUAAUGCUACAGAGCUAAACCAGAUCGACUCGGCAGUGAGCGCAGACAUAUCCAGACCCAUAGUCCCCAGCAGACGUUCUCACGACUAUCUCCAGCCUCCCUUCGCUGACGCAGCUACCCAGGACAAGUCGUCUCUAGAUGUCACAAGUUCUGAUGGAGUACAUACAAGGUAUCUAGAAGACUAUAUCCGUCACGCAUACGAAGACAUACAAGGGUUUCCCGAGCUCUCGUCGCGCAUCUUCAGCAGAUCUCCGGGACCCGACAUCCAGUGCGACCGCGAUAACCGUAUCAUAAUCUACCCCGGAUGUUUCAAUCCACCACAUGUAGGUCACGCCGCGCUGCUCUGGCACGCCUAUCUUAACAUGGAUGCAAACACCAUAGCGGUCAUGAUCUUCGCUCUUAGAGACGAUUCACUAGAUUCCAAAGAUCAUAUUACUGAUGACAAGGGUAAAGCGUUCAUACUCUCCCACUAUCAGCGCCGUCAACUUUGGAAAGACGAUGUGCUAGGAAGAUUCGCGUGGGUGUUCCCAGCGCACGAUACCAACAAGUUGGACAUCUUCAUGGCCACGAUCAAGCGGUUAGCGAAGGCGGAUGGCUUCAAAGUCUCCUUUCAAACACUGUACGGAGGCGACCACAUCAGUCAGAAAACUAUGGCCGAGGGACGACGGGGAUGGGAUGGCAGGACAUGCAUCGGCAGUGAUUUAACACGACCCGUGAACUUUGUGCCUGAAGACGGUGGCGACCUAUUACAGCUGGACGGUUGUGAUAAAUGGAAAAGGAUGAAAAACGAAGGUUAAAGAUGGACAGGGAAGGAGAAUGAGAUUCUAGGUUGCUGGCCUUGCUGGUCCUGUGCCAAGAUGCGCGAGAUCUCCCCCGAGGCUGUCGAGAAGAAUGGGACCUUCUCGUUCGAAAACAGAUGCAAAGGCUUAAAAGCAC